CUCGCAGGUACAGUAGGAGUGUAGAGACAGCCGGGACACGUUUACAAUGUUGUAAUUUCAGGUGUUUCGGUGAAGCGGUUGCAGUUUCAGUCGAUCAGUCUGUCAACUCAGGGGCUCUUUAGUUUUUUGGUAGAAUGAGUGUGGGUUUCAUAGGAGCAGGCCAGGUGGCCCACGCUCUGGUGAGAGGCUUCACAGCUGCAGGCGUGAUUGCCGCCCACAGAAUCACAGCCAGUUCUCCAGACACAGAUCUCCCCACAGUACAGGGACUGCGGAAACUGGGUGUAAAUUUCACCACCAGCAACAAAGAGACGGUGAACAAAAGUGAUGUUCUCUUCCUGGCUGUGAAGCCCCACAUCAUCCCUUUUGUACUGGAUGAGAUUGGACCAGACAUUGAAGAUCGUCACCUUAUUGUGUCCUGUGCUGCAGGUGUCACCAUCAGCUCUAUAGAAAAGAAGCUGCAGCAGUAUCGCACUUCUCCAAGGGUAAUGCGGUGCAUGACAAACACUCCAGUGGUGGUGCGCGAGGGGGCCACUGUCUACGCAACAGGCACCCAUGCAGAAGUGGAGGAUGGAAAGCUUCUGGAGCAGCUGAUGGCCAGUGUCGGAUACUGCACUGAGGUGGAAGAGGACCUGAUUGAUGCCGUCACCGGCCUCAGCGGCAGCGGUCCUGCUUACGCGUUUACAGCUGUAGAAGCGCUUGCUGAUGGUGGUGUGAAAAUGGGCCUUCCCAGGAGACUGGCUGUACGCCUUGGAGCCCAAGCCCUGCUGGGGGCUGCUAAAAUGCUGUUAGACUCAGAGCAUCACCCUGGCCAGCUCAAGGACAACGUGUGUUCACCAGGGGGCGCCACCAUCUACGCCCUGCAUGUCAUGGAGAGCGGUGGCUUCCGCAGCCUCCUCAUCAAUGCUGUAGAGGCCUCCUGUGUUAGGACUAGGGAACUUCAGUUUUUGGCUGACCAAGAGAAGAUCUCCCCAGCUGCUAUAAAAAAGACAACUCUGGACCAAGUGUUGCAGCAGCCAGGAGUGACUGCAGACGCUGUUGGAGUCAGACCUCGUGGGAUCAGUAUGUUUACCAGCAGUAACCCCAGGACCAAAAAGAAGUGAUUAUUAUUUUCUAUCAUGUGUGAAAUACAGCACAUUCUAAUGUCACUAAAGAGGCUGUGAAUAAAACCACUACUGGCAGAUGAUUGUUGGAAUAUAAGCUAAACUAGUGGAUUACUUUCUAGAUGGAAAAAAACAACAGUUGGGAUGAUGCUGUGAAAAGGGUUUGAGCCAUAUUUUGACUGUAAUGAAAUGCCUCUCCUUUGACAGGCUGGACUAGACUAGAAUAAUGAUUUCAAUUUCUGUGGUUGAUACAGCUUUAUAAAUCUUAUUUCAGUCCGUUCUUGACGGUAGCUGGCAAAAGCUACCAAAUAGCAAUGCAACUUAGCCGUAUGCAGUAAAGCAGUAAUUUCUACACCAUGGUUUAUGGUAUUACAGAUCAACUUGUAUUUAUGCAAUCUCACAGUUAAGUUAUUAAAGGGGAAAUAUGCCUUUAAAUUUUUUUUAUGUGUGUUCAUGUGUUAUUUCUAUGGUCUAAACCCAUUGAAUAAAUGAGUGAACAUGAACAACUCUCUCACAAUUUUGAAAAUGUGUGAUUUCAUCGAGUAAAGUCUGUACCUGCUACAUAGACAGUGGUUUGUUACCGAUGAAACUGAGCACCAAGAUGAAUUUUCAGAGUACAUGGGUACAUUUUCAAUUUCAGACAAUAGAAUAAAGCUCAUUUGGGUAUAAUAAACAAAACCAGAAUUCUGUAGCUCCACAAAAUCAGUCAAUACAGGACAAUGACAUCAUAUGUUUACUUCAAUGGAGAGAGUAGCUCAUGUUCACAAAUAUUGAUUGAACUUUCCUAGGACAUGGACAUAACGUUGGAUUUCUUGAUUUAGGUGGUGUUCCCCUUUAAAAUUGCCUUAAACAAAAGGUGCUAAAUUGUAUAUUUCAUCAUGUAAUAAUACUUUGUACUGUAGGAUCUUCAAAAAAACAUUUUAUUAUUAAAUGUAUAAAAAUGAAUAU